UCUGCUCUCCCCGCUUUGAGUGACCGAAGUCCGGCCUGAGUCACGAUGAAGCGCCGGGUGCUGGACCGCAACUGCAACAUCAUCCAGAAGGUGGUGGACGAGCGCAUGUGGGCGCUGUUCAGGAGCCACUGGCAGCACACGCUCACCUACUGGAGCGGCUUCUUCAGCUUCGGCCUGUGCCUGGCCCUGCUGGGGCCCACCGUGCUGGACCUGCGCUGCCAGACCCAGGCCAGCCUGCAGGGCAUCAUCGUGGUCUUCUUCGCCCAGCAGUUCUGCCUGUUUGUGGGAAGCUCGGUUGGUGGAUUCUUCAGCAAGUCGCUCACCUGCUCGUUAUCAUCCCUCGCUUCAUGCACCUUCAUCAUCUCCGUGGUGUUCGCCUUCAUCCCGAUAUGCCGCAAUUUACCCAUGCUGGCUGUGGCUAUGGCUAUUACCGGUCUGGCCAUGGGGGUCAUCGAUACCAUCUCCAACCUGCAGCUGGUGAAGCUCUACCAGAAGGACUCCACAGUCUUCCUGCAGGCUCUCCACUUCUUCGUGGGACUUGGGGCAUUGUUGAGCCCCCUCAUCGCUGACCCCUUCCUGUCUGAGACUGACUGCGUUUUAGGAAACACCACCAUCAACUCCUCAACAACGAUGAGGCAUCUGAGGAACAAGCUAGCCGGCAGACACGUGUACAACGUCUCCCACAUCCAGCUCCAUACUGAGGGGGAGGUGGUCACCAACGUCUCCUACGCCUUCUGGAUCAUGGCACUCAUCAAUCUUCCUGUACCCAUCGCUGUGAUGGUUCUGAUGUAUCGGGAGCGGAUUCUGACCUGCUGCUCUGAGCGCAGUCCACGUCUCCUGGAUGGGGACACGCAGAUGUGCACAGUGAAGACACAGCACGGUUUAGAACAGACGGACGUGAGCUCACAGGGAUACCCUGACCCUACAGAUAACACAAACAUGAUGAACUGCUGUCACCUCAGCAAACUGAAGGAACUGCCCCUCUCCUUCUUUGGGAUCCAUAUCUUCGGAGGGUUGGUGCUGUUCUUUUCAGAUGGCAUUGUGGGGUCAUACACUGGCUUCGUUUAUACCUACGCUGUGGCUUCACCCAUGAGUCUGCCUCACAAGAUGGCUGGAUACCUGACCAGCGUCUUCUGGGCGUCCAUCACUGUGGGGCGUCUGGCCUCCAUACCCCUGUCUUAUCGCAUUAAACCUGUUCGCCUGCUCAUUUUUAAUCAGGUUGGUGUGAUCGUCACCCUGUUCCUUCUGCUCAUUUUCUUCCAAAGCAGCGUCUUCCUGUUUAUUGGCACCUGCUUUCUGGGUCUGUUUAUCAGCAGUAUCUACCCCUGCAUGCUGGCCUUCACUGAAGACAUGCUGGACUACAGAGGUUGUGCCACUACAGUGCUGGUGACGUUUGCUGGGAUGGGUGAGAUGCUGCUGCAGCUUCUGGCAGGAACAGUAAUCAACUCGUACGGCAGCUACAGCUUCUUGGUUUGUGGAUCGACAUUUGGCUGCAUAGGCUUCACAAUCUUUCUGGUGCUGCUGUUAGUCAACCAUACGCACAAAAAAUACACCACAGCCGUCACCAACACAGCCGCUGUAGCGGAGAAUCCCAGAGCUAACGGGGCUCUGCACUGACGGCCGGCCGGGGAUGAAGCUGGGUGAAGCUGGACCAGAGGAGGGGAAGUCGUUGAGUCCUGACAGACUGCGGCUCUGCAGAGUGAGGAGGAGGAGGAAGAGGAGGAGGAGCAUAGACAGGACUGACUGUGGGGACUGUGACUGGAGGAGACUGAGCUUAAGACCCUGUUUGUCAAAAUCAACAAAGAUCAAACGUUGGGAACUUGUAUAAACAUAAACAACAAAAACAGAUAAAAUGAAUAAUCGUAAACUGAUUGUGCUUGAGUUUGCACAGGCUUUAACUCAUCCUGGUUCUGUUAGUGCUGUAACAUCAGGGAGGUCAAACACAAAGCCAGCAGCUAGUUGGUGCAUGAAUGCUGUCAUUUAUUUGUUUCUUCACUGAUUUAAACCACAAGACACUUGUGUGCAGAGUUGCCAGGUUUGCGUUUUUUCCCGCCAAAUUGGGCUUGUUUAAAAAUCCAGUUGCGGGUGGAAAUUCAGGAAUUUUUAUUUUUUUUACAAAACUUAUGUGUUGUCUAGGAUGUUACGUCAACACGGCGGGUAAACGGGUAGAAGUCCAGACUAAAAUCUAUUUUCCUCGGCUUGAUUACAACAAUAAGAACCCGGAGAACAUAGCAACAUAAUUUAGGACAGCAUGAAAAGGGGGGAGAGAGAGAAAGAACGAUGAAGAGAGAGAGAUACAGAGAGAUACAGAGAGAUGGAGAGAGAAAGAUAUACAGAGAUACAUCGCGAGCGAGAGAGAGAAGGAGAGAUGGAGAAAGAAAGAGAAAUGGAGAGAGAGAGAGAAAUAUAUAU